AUGAGCACGACAAUGGAUGAGCCGUCAACAUCAAGCCGCGAGAAGCACCAUUUGGAAACGGCCGAUGCGUCGUCGCUUUUCAUUCUGAAAGGUGAACUGUACCGAAAAAUCAAUGAACAACGCCAAAAAACGACAGUUGGGGUCGAGAAGAUUCCAAAAAAGAGUGUACUUAGGGUUACUAAAGAGGAGGAUAAAAAACUCACGGAAGAGAGACAGCGCAGACAAGAACGUAUCCGUGAGCUGGAAAAAUCAGUGCAACAAGACGAGGAACAAAGAAAACGAGUGCAAAGGAUACUGGAGGAAAAAAGCGAAAUUUACGCCCGGUUAAGUCGCGGUGAAGCAGUUUUGAAUGGUGACAAUGAACCGGUUGAAUUUUUGGUUGAUUUCGACGCGAAGAAACGUGAAGAGGAAAAACGGCAGCAACGUGUCUAUGGUGUAUCACACGUUCCACUUCCUGUCAGAGAAGAGAAAAGACAAGAGCAAAUUAAGGAACUGCUGGAUUUAAGCAAGAAAACGGAAACGAGUCGAGCGAAAAGGAAAGUUUUACUGGAGCAACGCGAAAAAAUGAAGUGGGAAAGGCUGAACAGGAUUCGUAAACGUAAAGGUCUGGAGGAGUUACCACCACCGGGUGCCGUUGAAGAAAUUGAUGAAACGAAGUACUUGGACAUACCUCUUCCAGAAGGGCCGCCAACAGCUCCCGAGGAAGAACCAAAACCGAAGCAGUUUGCACCAGUUCGAGAAUGGGACCGUGGAAAAGCGCUAUACGAUCGAUGGAUAAAGAAACAACGAGAGGAACGCGAUGAAGAAUUUGCUCCUCCAGCAAGCUAUUUUCGACAAUAA